GGGCAGCGCCGGGGGGGCUGAGGGGAAGGAGGCGGCCCCUCGGGGACGGCCCGUUCCGAGGCCGCGCGGCUGCUCCUCCCGGCCGUAGGGAGGAGCAGGGCUGUGCUAGGGAGCUCGGCUGGAGUUGCCGUGUUUUUAAAGUUAAAACAACCCAAGGUUUAUUAAUAAAUCCCCUCCGCGGCUCGGCUGCCCCUGUGCUUGACCCCCACAGCAGAGCCCGACAGACUGAGGUCAUUGCUGGCUCUGCCAGUGAACAAAGAGAAACAAAAUGUUAAUAUCACGGCUGAGUUCCCAGUUACUGAAGGCUUCGAGAAUUGCAGGCCACCUCUUGCCCAGGUCGGUGUCGUCGUUCCUGUGCUGCCGCUCCCCGUGCGCCCGCUACAGCACCCAGCCCCAAAACCCCAGCGGGGCCCAGCCCCAGCAGUGGCACACGCUGGACCCUGAGCUGGAGGAGAUCCUCAUCCCCAGGAAACUCUCCAUCAGCCCCUUGGAGAGCUGGCUCACAGUCAGGUACUCCCUCCCCAAAGCUCAGCCAGAAGCCAGCCAUGAAGAACACCCAGAGCCCCUGGGGUGUCCCCCUGCCGCUGGGACGGGGCAGGUGGAGGAAGGAGAGGGAGCUCUGGGUGACAGAGUGCAGUGCAGGAACGUGCUGAAGAUCCGCAGGAGGAAAAUGAACAGGCACAAGUACAAGAAGCUGCUCAAGAGGAGGAAGUUCAUCCGCAGGAGGAUAAAGGAGGGGCGCAAGAAGAAGCGGCAGAUAAAAUUUGAGAAAGACUUGGAGCGCAUCUGGAAGAAAGCUGGCUUGAAAAGUGCUCCUGCAGGCUGGCAAACCCCCAAGAUCUACCUGAGGAGUUCCAAGCGAUAAAAGAAACCCCACCUGUCACAAAUUUUACACCUGCAAUUGUAAUUAAAAAAAUAAUAUUUAAGUACGUUGAUGACAUGUAACCUUUUUCUGAUUGUGAUGAAAAUUGUAGGAAGGAGUUUCCCAAGGAGAAACUUUUCCUCCCCAAAGGAGAAGUGUGAGCUCUUUUUGCUGAAUUUUUGGAGUCCCUCUUUGAGAUGAGGCUGAAGCUAAGAAAAAUCAGGUGUGGGAGAAGGGAUCAGUGAAGGAAUUUCCUGUUGUUUAUAUGGCACAAACCUUUGGAAAAGUUCUUUUCUAAAUUGCAUUUUUUCACAGCCUUACUGCAGAAAGGUUGGGGUUUUCCUGAGAGGAGUUGGGAUGGGAAUUGGAUCAGAAUUCCAUGGAAUUUACCUGCAGGAGCUUUUGGUGUCUCUUCUGUGGAGCCUUGGGCAUAUUGUGAGCAUCCUUAAAAGGCACAUUUCUUUUUGUGUUCUGUUUUGUGCUAAUAAAAAAUGGUUAUUUUUUUUUUGUCUUUGGCUGACCCAUGUCAUGUAAAACAUCCAGAUAUUGGUCAAAGUAGAAGCUCAGAGCUAAUUAUUCAUUAACUACAAAAACUUUUGUGCCUGAGACAAGCCUGAUACAAUCAGCUGCUUUUGCAUGGUUGAAGAGAGUUGUGAAAGCUGUGAAAAAUACAGGUGCUUAAAAUAAACCCUGACAAAGGACUUCUUA